ACUUAACCAAACAAAGAAACGCAAACUUUUCUGAAAAUGGGGUUUUCUUCUUCUUCCUCAGGGCUUCCAGGUUUCUAUCUGGUGCUCCUAUUUCUUGUGGGCACUUCAAUUGUCUCCGCCGAUUUCUACAAUGAGUUUGAUAUCACUUGGGGUAACGGCCGUGGUAAAAUACUCAAUGGUGACCUCUUAACGCUCUCCCUUGAUAAUUCAUCUGGCUCCGGCUUUGAAUCCAGAAAUGAAUAUAUGUUUGGAAAAAUCGAUAUGCAGCUCAAGCUUGUAGCUGGAAACUCUGCUGGCACUGUCACUGCCUACUAUUUGUCUUCGAAGGGGUCAAACUGGGAUGAGAUCGACUUCGAGUUCUUGGGUAAUUUGAGUGGUGAUCCUUACAUUCUACAUACAAAUGUAUUUAGCCAAGGAAAAGGGAAUAGAGAGCAGCAAUUCUACCUUUGGUUCGACCCCACUGCUGACUUCCACACCUAUUCUAUCCUCUGGAAUCCUAAAAGCAUCGUAUUUUCUGUUGAUGGAACACCCAUUAGGGAGUUCAAGAACGCUGAAUCGAUUGGGGUACCGUUUCCAAAAGAUCAACCUAUGAGAAUACACUCUAGUUUAUGGAAUGCUGAUGAUUGGGCGACCAGGGGUGGGCUUGUGAAGACUGAUUGGAGUAAAGCUCCCUUCACUGCUUCAUAUAGAAACUUUAAGGCCGAUGCUUGUGUUGUGUCAUCUGGGAAAUCAUCUUGCGGUGGCUCUGACAACCCGGCAUGGCUAUCAGAGGAGUUGGAUAAUACGAAGCAGGAGAGACUAAGAUGGGCACAAAAGAAUUACAUGAUCUAUAACUACUGCUCGGAUUCCAAGAGAUUUCCUCAAGGAUUUCCCCCCGAGUGCAAAUCGGCAUAAGGAGAG